UGAAGCAUCCUUUCGUGCGUUAAACGUCGACAUUAUCACCUAUAAUGUUGAUAAAGAUAAAGCGGACAUUGUAAACAUCAAUGAUCUCGAGGCAUUUAUUGAACUCAUUGAUUUUAUUAACAAGAACUGCCUAACGGUUAUCGAAAACGGUGCAUCAUUGCAUCAAACGUUGUCGCUACUGUUGGUGCUACCGCUACGGUUAAUACUAAGGGUCCAUCGCUGCAAAAAAUUCAGAUUCCAAUAUUUGACGGUGCAAUUGAAAAAUGGGAAAACUUUAUAUCGCUUUUCGAUAGUUUAGUGCAUAAUCAAGAAGGUAUUGAUGACGCCACUAAGCUUCAAUAUUUACGUUUAUAUACCGCUAAAGAAGCACACGCAACCGUAUCGCGCUUCAUCUUACAAGAUUCAAAUUACGCUCCCGCUUAUGACGCUUUGAAAAAACGGUAUGCUAACAACCGCCGCAUAGCUGCCUUUCACAUACAAAGACUUGUCAAAUUUGUUAACAAGGGUGAUCUACUUCAUUACCUUGAAGUUCACCGCACUUCGACAUCCGCGUUAGCCAAUCUCCAGCUCAACGAUUUGGCUGAUUUCAUCCUCUUUCAAAUUGCGUACAAUAACUGCGAUCCAAAAAUCAAAGCCAGUUUCGACAACGAGAAUGCUAGCGAACUGCCGAAACUAAUUGAACUUUUGGAUCACGUUGAGAAAAGAGCCCGCAGUCACGAAUUGGAAAUGGACGUCAAAUGCGUUCUUUCUACCCAAUCAAAAACCGCUUUCUUCGCGCCACCAAAACCAAAUCAAUCUAGAACCCACAUCACGCAAGCAAGAACGUCGUCUCAACCGAAAUGCAGAUACUGCAACGCUGAUCAUCAAACCUUUCACUGUCAGCAAUUCCGAGAAUUGUCGCCUGCUGAUCGUACCAAUUUUAUCAAAUCUUCUCACGCCUGCUUCAAUUGUUUUGGGUCACAUGAGGUCAAAGACUGUAAAAGUAAAGUCCUCUGCAGAAUCUGCAACCGAGCUCAUCACAGUCUUUUACACCUUCCAACCGCUGUACCCACCGUGCCAAGUACUGCAUCGCCUCCCGCAAUUUCUACUACGUCGUCUUCCACGCCUCUCACUAGUACAGACACCGCUCAAGAAAGACCCGCAGCCGUCAUGUCGUGCGUAUCUACGAACCAGGUGCUUCUCGCCACCAUCUUGUGUAAAAUACAGGAUUCGUUCGGCAAUCUGCACGAUGUUUGUGCGCUACUUGACAGCGCCAGUCAAAGAUGUCUUGUGACAAGUAAGCUCGCAAACCGCCUAGGAUUACAAUGCAAAGGAGAAGCUCGCUGCAUCCUCGGAGUGAGCGGAAGAGAAUCUACUUCCCAGGGUUCUGUUCAAUUAAGACUUCAAUCCCGCUUCAAGCCCCCGGCAAUUUAUGUGACCGAGGCCAGUGUCCUACCGCAUAUAUGUGAUGACUUACCUACUGCAGAACUCUCGCCAGACCUCUACCGCAAAUUUUCUCAGCUGCCACUUGCAGACAAUCAGUUUCACCGACAAAAGAAGAUCGACAUUUUGCUCGGCGCAGACGCUCACGCUAAUUUACUGACUGAAGAGACUCCAAACCUAAUUCCUGGCCAACCUACUGCCCAAAGGACAAAAUUUGGAUGGGUUAUCUUUGGAGCAACGCCCGAACCGCAGCCGCUAUGUUCUGCUACUGCCAUGCUAAUUCGAUCGCAUCCGCUUGAAUCUACGCUUACUCGCUUUUGGGAAAUUGAACAAGUUUCCAUGCCGUCGGCGCAAACAAACCCAGAGGACGUCAUUGCUGAAGAGCAUUACAUCAACACGCAUACCAGGGAUUCUGAGGGACGAUACGUACUGCGCCUCCCUUUCCGCCCAGGAACCAAUCCUAAAGAGUUGUCCAACCGCAGCGCCGCUGAAAAAUGUUUGAGAUCGCUAGAAAGACGAUUAGGGCGUCAACCGCAAGUAAAGUUAUUGUAUUCCGCAUUCAUGCAAGAGUUCAUCGAAAUGAAACACAUGCAACUAAGUGUUUCACCAUCAAGUUAUGUUCUGCCACACCACUGCGUCAUGAAGGAGAGCACCUCCACCAAACUGAGGUGCGUCUUCAACGCUUCCGCCAAGGACGUCACAGGGACGUCUCUGAACCAGUUACUUCUACCAGGACCGAAGCUGCAGGCAGACAUAAGUGACAUUCUUAUUCGUUUUCGCUUCCACAACAUCGCACUGUGCAGUGAUAUCAAAAUGAUGUUUCGCCAGCUCGCCAUCCAUCCAGAAGACAGGCAGCAUCAGCACGUUUUCUGGCGUGAAUCUCCCGAACAUACGCUUCAAGAAUACGAAAUAACUCGUGUCGUAUAUAGUAUGACAAGCAGUAGUUUUCUUGCUCAACGCACCCUUCGCCAACUCGCUGCUGACGAAGGUCACCGCUUCCCAAAUGCCGCUAUUGCUUUAGUUCGAGAUUUCUAUAUGGAUGAUUACGUCGGAGGAUCUUCCUCUAUUGCUGAGGCCAAGCAACUUCGCAAAGAACUGACUGAGCUGCUCGACGCAGGAUGCAUGCCUCUGCGCAAAUGGAGCUCGAGCAAUCCACGAGUGCUUGACGACAUUCCUGAUUCCCACAAGGAAGUUCCGCUGGAAUUCAGUACUGGUGAUCCCAUGCUGAAAAUUCUUGGUCUAUGCUACCUACCGCAAGAAGACGCGUUCAGUUAUCGCCUUAAACCCUUUGAAGGCCCCGCUACGAAACGUUCAGUACUCGGUUACGUUAGUCGAUGUUACGACCCCCUUGGGCUUCUGUGUGGAGUGAUCUGCCGGGCAAAGCAGUUCAUUCAGAGCCUUUGGUUGUUACGCAGUGAUUGGGAUGAGCCGCUACCCGAACCGAUACAAUCAAACUGGAAAGAUUUUCUACAUGUCAUGAGCAGUUUACCCAAAUUUCGAAUACCGCGAUGCUUCAAUGUUGAUGAAGCAGUGUUACGCCUCGUGUGUUUUAGUGACGCCUCCACGUCUGCUUACGCCGCGUGUGUUUACCUACAUGUGCAGCGAGGUGAGUUCGCUGAAGCUCAUCUAGUAAAAGCCAAGAGCCGCGUUGCUCCGCUAAAGACUCUAUCUAUUCCCCGAUUGGAGCUACUGGGCAGUCUUCUGGCUUCCCAAUUGAUAAACUCCGUGCUGCACGCCAACCCCGGUCAUGCAUAUUCGUCGAUCCAUAUGCUAACGGACUCCACCAUAGUACUCGCAUGGUUGAAGACUCCACCGCACCUUCUUAAUACAUUUGUCGCUAAUAGAGUUGUAACGAUUCUUGACCUUACUAAGAACUACCAAUGGGCGCACGUUCCUUCCGAGUUUAACGCCGCAGACUGUGCCUCGCGUGGUUGUAUUGACGAUCAGAUAUGGUGGCAUGGUCCCUCUUUUAUGAGCCGCAGUCCAGAGCAUUGGAACAUUUCCAUCCCGAUGGAACCUGAUGAAAUUCCAGAGCGCAAGGUUACCACACUUGUAGUUCAAGCAAACCCCGCAGCAACCGACUCCCCGCUAGACAUCAUAGAGAGAUUCUCAUCUUUGUCACGCCUUCAACGCAUCGUUGCGAACAUUCGGAGAUUUGCUCACAAUGCGAGCUGCAAAUCCGCUAGGAAAAUUGGUCCGCUAUCCGUUUCUGAGUUAAGUGACGCUUUAUUGUGCUGUGUUCGCAUUACCCAAGCUGUUGAAUUCUCCGAAGAAAUCAAACAACUACAGUCCACUAAUUCCAACAAAGUUCCGCUACGCCUUUCCAAAUUGUCGCCCUACAUCGAUGAAAAGGGAUUCCUCAGGGUGGGCGGUCGCUUACGACAUAGCUUGCUACCAUCUGAAAGCAAGUACCCGCUACUACUCCCCAAAAAAUGUCAUCUCUCGUCACUAAUCUGUGAUUAUUAUCAUAAACAAUUGUUACACGCAGGCCCCCGCCAAACGAUGAGUUUCAUCCAGAGGAAAUUUUGGAUACUAGCCGCGCAUUCGCUGAUUCGCCAGAGAAUCUACAUGUGUCGCCCUUGCUUUCGCCUCACCGCUGCUCCGCGGCAGCCGAUCAUGGCCGAUCUGCCUGCUUGCAGAGUACAACCCGCUCCGCCAUUCUACACGACCGCUUCGGAUUUUGCAGGCCCCUUUGAGACCAAGGAGACCCCCCGCCGCAAUAGUCCACGCCAUAAGUCAUACUGUUGCAUUUUCGUGGACACUGCAAGCAAAGCCGUACAUCUAGAAGCUGUUACAGAACUAUCUACCGCUGCAUUAAUGGCUGCUUUUCAUCGAUUUUGUGCCCGUCGUUCUCUUCCUGCUACCUUACACUCUGACUGUGGGCGGAACUAUCUAGGAGCCGCACGACAGCUGAAGGAAGUUACGACUUUCCUCAAGAAUCAUCAAGACGAACUGUACACUCAGCUCGCAUCGCUAAAGGUGAAGUGGUGUUUCAAUCCACCCGCUGCACCCAAUUUUGGAGGAAUUUUUGAAGCUGCAGUUAAGUCGAUGAAACUACUUAUGUACCGGCAAAUUGGGAAUACAAUCCUCACUUUCGAAGAGCUCAGCACUUUUUUCGCGCGCGUCGAAGCUGUGCUUAAUAGUCGCCCGCUUGGAAUGAUUUCCUCAGACCCCCGCGAGGGUAGCGACGUGUUGACCCCAGGACAUUUACUCGUCGGAAGACCGUUGGUCGCCCCACCGGAGCUGUGCCUUACUGAUACCGAUAUUAGUGUUGGAUCUCGGUGGCAACGAAUUCAUGCUCUCUCUCAAUCCUUUUGGCGUCGGUGGAGCAGUGAGUAUUUGCAUACUCAAAUGCAGCGUCAAAAAUGGACUCGUGACUGUCCUAACCCCACCGUAGGAUCGUUCGUGUAUAUUACUGGACUAUCUUCUUCGCCAUUGUCCUGGCCUCUCGGUGUCAUCGAAAGAGUACACCAUAGUAAUGACUCUAAGGUGCGUGUUGUGACUGUUCGCACCGCGAGUGCUGUGUAUACGCGCCCUACUAAUCGGCUUGUGUUUCUGCCGGUUGCUACAUAGUUUUCGAGAUAGUUUUAGUUGUUUUUUGUCUGAUAGACAGACUGAUCAUUUUGAUUUGCUGCAUGUUUCGAUUAACUCGAAACAGUGGGCGGUAUGUUGAAUUACAAACUGUAUUUAUUUAUUUGAUAUUUUAUGUGUGACCGCUAGAUAGCAUAAACGUUCAGUUUUGAUGUCUUUAGAUUAGAGCGCAGGUAUAACUUGUAAAUAGGUAAUAAAUAAAUUUGACUUUGGUUGUUGAUCGUUA